AUGUCUGACCCAAAUUCCAUGUGGCGUGCCGCUCGGCACCCGCCCGCGAACCCAACAUCUCUCUCAUUCAAGGACAAAGCCGUACUUGUGACGGGCGCAAACUCAGGUUUGGGUCUUGCCGCUGCCAUCAAAUAUGUAGCACAAGGUGCAUCGCCUUUGAUUCUCGGCGUACGCAGCCACGAAAAAGGCGAGCAAGCCAAGACGACCAUCAUCAACGAAACACGUUGCUCGUCCGAUAUCUUCAUCAUCUUAACCCUAGAUCUGGCGAGCUUCGAAUCCGUUCGCGACUUUGUCCAGACUCUCAACGCGAAAGUCCCACGCCUGCAUGUGGCUCAGCUUGCGGGCGGUGUUACGAAGGUCAACUAUGAAAUUACUACAGAUGGUUACGAAAGCACUCUGCAGAUAAAUGCGCUGUCUCCCGCUCUUCUAGGCUUACUAUUACUCCCCAAGCUCCAAGCGACGGCUUCAGAAUCCCCUCAUGGCGAGCCAAGCCACCUAUCCUUCGUCAACAGCAUCGCACACCUAGAAGUUAAAUCUACGGAUCUAUCACCAGACCAGACUUUGAUCGAGCUAUGCAACGACUCGUCGAAAUGGGACUUCCAAAAGCAGUAUUUCCUUCUACCGUUGGCUGCCAAAGCGGCGAUGGCGGUCACAUUAUUUGUUAUGGGGCGCAGUGCGGAGCAAGGAGCGCGGACUAUGGUUAGCGCUACUGGUCUGGGGCCGGAAAGUCAUGGCAAGUUUUGGACAAAUGACAUUUAUCCACCGUAG